AUGCCCAGCGAGUCGCCAUUACCUGCUACUCCCACCCAGGUGGUGUUGGAUACCUCGAAGCUUCCUGCUUCAUCAACACAGUCGGUUUGGAACCGCAUCUCCAACUGGGUCUCGGAGAACAAGGCCGUCGUCUAUACCAUUGCCGGUGUGGCCGUCGUCGUGACUGGCGCCGGUGUUGUCUACUACCUGUCCGAUUCAAAGAAGCCCGCUACCGCCGCUUCUUCUUCACCGAAGAAAAGCAAGAACCAGCGACGGAAAGAGAAGAAAAAGGCCGAGGAGAAGGAGAAGACCAAGACCGCCUCUGUUCAGGAUGAGCCUGUCAAGAAGGCCGAGGAGCCUGCCGAGGAUCUCCCCCGAUCCGCUGACAAUCAAUGGAAGACCCGGAAGGAGUAUGCCGCCAAGCUAAAGGCCGCCGGUAACAAGGCCUACGGCUCCAAGGACUACAACAACGCCAUCGUUUUGUACGGAAAGGCUAUUAUCUGCAAGCCCGACCCCGUUUUCUACUCGAACCGCGCUGCCUGUUACAACGUGUUGUCGGAUUGGGAGAAGGUUGUGGAAGACACCAGCGCCGCGCUCGCUAUGGACAGCGAGUACGUCAAGGCUCUAAACCGGAGAGCCAUUGCCUACGAGCACCUGAGCAAGUUCAGCGAAGCCCUCCUUGACUUCACUGCCAGCUGUAUUAUCGAUGGCUUCUCUAAUGAUGUCAGCCGCAACUCACUCGAGCGUCUGCUGAAGAAGGUGGCCGAGCAGAAGAGCAAGGCUAUUCUGGAUGCGCGCAGCAAGAAGCUGCCCAGUGCUACUUUCGUUUCCAACUACCUGCAGAGCUUCCGUCCCAUUACUCUUCCUGAGGGUCUGGAGGAGUCUGUUGAGUUGAGCGAAGACUCGGGCAAGGGUCUGCUCCGUCACGGUCUGGUUGCCAUGGGCAAGAAGACCGGUGAGGGCUACGAGGAUGCUGCUGCCUCAUUCGAGAAGGCCAUCGAGGCUGGCGGCCUUGAGGAAUUUGAGGCCCUGGCUCUCAACAUGCGCGCUACCUUUACAUACCUCGGUGGCAACGCUGCCCUUGCCCUCGAGGACCUGAACAAGAGUGUGGAGCUGCAGCCCUCCCUCGUCCAGAGCUACAUUAAGCGCGCUAGCUUGCACCUUGAGCUCGGAAACAAGGAUGCUGCCGCUGACGACUUCGAGCUUGCCAUCACCCACAACAAGGACGACCCUGAUAUUUACUACCACCGCGCCCAGCUCCACUUCAUUCUGGGCGAGUUCGCCGAGGCCGCCAAGGACUACCAAAAGUCGAUCGACAUCGACCGCUCCUUUAUUUUCUCCCACAUCCAGCUCGGUGUGACUCAGUACAAGAUGGGCUCUGUCGCCUCCGCAAUGGCUACCUUCCGCCGGUCAGUCAAGAACUUCGAGGAGGUUCCCGACGUGUACAACUACUACGGUGAGCUUCUGCUCGACCAGCAGAACUACGCCGAGGCCAUCGAGAAGUUCGACAAGGCCGUCGAGAUGGAGAAGGCCAGCAAGCCCAUGGGCAUCAAUGUCCUUCCCCUGAUCAACAAGGCCCUGGCUCUCUUCCAGUGGAAGCAUGACUUCACCGAGGCCGAGAAUCUGUGCCAGAAGGCUCUCAUCAUUGACCCCGAGUGCGACAUCGCUGUCGGCACCAUGGCACAGUUGCUUCUCCAGCAGGGUAAGGUCUCACAGGCUCUCAAGUACUUCGAGCGUGCUGCUGAGCUUGCCCGCACCGAGGCCGAGAUCAUCAACGCCAUCUCCUACGCCGAAGCCACCCGUACCCAGCUUGAGGUCCAGGAGAAGUACCCCCAAUUGGCUGCUCGCCUGAACUCCAUGGGCGCCAUGGGUGCCGGCCCUGGCAUGUAA